AUGAGUGUGGAGGUAUUGGAUGGUGCCACCAUUGUCAACUUUGUUGAAGAUGAAGAAGCAUUCAGUGGCUCGAUUCGCGACCGCUUUGACAACCUUGACGCAGACCAUGAUGGCCUCCUCUCCUAUUCAGAGAUGUUGAAAGAGCUGCAGACUCUAAGGGUCUUUGAAACCCAUUACGGCAUAGAUGUGAAGAUGGAUCCAGACGAGCUCAGUCGCAUAUACGAUUCACUUUUCGUUCAAUUUGAUCACGACUCAAAUGGAGCAGUUGAUUUGGAGGAAUUCAAGGCAGAGACCAAGCAGAUGAUGCUUGCCAUGGCCACCGGCCUCGGAUUCUUGCCCGUUCAAAUGGUUCUUGAAAAGGACAGUUUUCUGAAGAAGGCAGUGGAGAGGGAGUCCACCAAACUUGCUGCAUAA